AUCACCCCUCAUUCUUCUUUACCCAAUUGAUCAUGCAACACAAAAAUGCAAAAUGAAAAAAAGGAAAUUCCACAUAAAAAAAACUCACUGCAAAUUUUCUUUUCAAUUUGAACUAAGGUUUUGGGAAAAAAUGACUUCUGGGGAGCUUCUCAGCGUCGAACCACUGGAAUUGAAAUUCCCAUUUCAAGUAAACAGGCAGGUCUCUUGCUUCAUUCAAGCAUCCAAUCAAACUGAUGAUCAUGUGGCUUUUAAGGUUAAGACGACAAAUCCUAAGAAAUAUUGCGUCAGACCAAACACAGGAAUUAUAUUGCCCCGUUCGUCAUGCGAAAUCAGUGUCACAAUGCAAGCGCAAAGGGAGGCUCCCCUUGAUAUGCAAUGCAAGGAUAAGUUUUUGCUUCAGAGUAUUGUGACGAGCCCCGACACAAAUCCUAAAGAUAUCACUCCAGAAUUGUUUUCCAAGGAUCAAGGUAAUGUUGAAGAAUGUAAGUUGAAAGUGCUUUACAUCGCACCACCUCAAUCAUCCUCCGAUGCAGAUGGAUCAGAAGAGGGUUCACAAAAGUACAGAAUGCUGGAUAAUUCCACUGAGGCACAAUCUCUUAUUUCUAAACUAACGGAGGAGAAAGCUAGUGCAGUCCAAAGGAGUAACAAACUCCAGCAAGAAUUGGAACUUUUGAAGCGAGAAAGCAAAAAGGGUGGCAUAUCUCUCGUAAUCGCAAUCCUAAUCGGCUUGCUGGGUGUAGUUCUCGGAUACUUCAUCAAAACGACAAAUGCUACGUAGGAAAGAAGCAUCUGUCAAUCAUUUGAACAUUUUUCUCUGGCUAGUACAUUCGUUUGAAUAUCUUAUUAAGAUACUUAACUAUCUUUUGUAGCUUUGAUGUUUAUUAUUUGGUGGUUAGCAUUCAGUUAUUUAUUCAAGCUUAAUUAUGUCCCCUGUAGCAUUUGUGGUCAUCAACUUUCAAUUUUAACAUUAAAAGAAAAGG